AUGAGUAUAAAUAAACGCUCUCUGUCGUUACAACGCCCCUGGCUGGACCUCAGUGAGACAAACUUUAUACCUCUAAAGCCACACGACAGACUUCAUCAUGGCUUUGAUGAGAACCCUCAUGCAGCAGACUGUCUAUUUGGGCAUGCCUGAUGACUCAGUCCUUGCCAAGGAGGGGACAGUGACUGCAGCACCCAAUUUCAACGCCCAGGGAGACGCAGCAGUCUUGGAUAAGGCCAUCAAGGUGAAAGGUGUGGAUGAGAACACCAUCAUUGAAAUUCUGGUGAAAAGGAGCAACGAGCAGAGGCAGCAGAUCAAAGAGGCUUAUCAGCAGGCCAGUGGCAAGCCUCUGGAAUCAGCACUGAAGAACGCUCUGAAGGGAGACCUGGAGGAUGUGGUGUUGGCUCUGCUGAAAACACCAGCCCAGUACGAUGCCCAACAGCUGAAGAUGGCAAUGAAGGGUCUGGGGACAGACGAGGAGGUCCUCAUAGAGAUUUUGGCUUCCAGAACCAACAGAGAGAUCCUGGAUAUUAAGAAAGUCUACAAGGAGGAAUACAAGAAGGACCUGGAGUCUGACAUCAGGGACGACACCAGUGGGGAUUUCAAGGCUGCCCUGAUUGAACUCUGCAAGGCCGGCAGGACUGAGGGAGUUUGUGAGCAGCUGAUUGACAGCGAUGCCAGGGCUCUGUACGAGGCCGGGGAGGGGAGGAAGGGCAAAGACUGCGCUCCUUUCAUCGAGAUCCUCACCAGCAGGAGUGCCCCUCAUCUCCGUCAAGUAUUUGACAGGUACACAAAGUACAGCAAAGUGGAUGUGGCCAAAGCUAUCGACCUGGAGAUGAAGGGAGAUAUUGAAAACUGUCUCACAGCAAUAGUGAAGUGUGCUGGCAGCAGGCCUGCGUUCUUUGCUGAGAAACUCUACUUGGCCAUGAAGGGCAAAGGUACCCGCAAAAAUACUCUGACUCGCAUCAUGGUGAGCCGCGCUGAAAUCGACAUGAAACUGAUCAAGGGAGAGUACAAGAAAAACUACGGCACAACACUCUACCAGGAUAUUCUGGAUGACACCAAAGGAGACUAUGAGAAGAUUUUGCUUGCUCUCUGUGGGGGUGAAAACUAAUAACCAAUCAACAAGAUCAAGGCUCAUACAACUGAAGAUCCAGCAGCGAGCCCAGCUGUGGAAAAUCCCCUAUAAUCACUUGACACAUAUUGUGCCUUAUGCUCUUGUGGAGAACUUACAAAAGUGUCAUUCUUUGUGACUGUCAUGUCAUUUAGAAGAUAUUAACAGCAAUGCGCAACAUUUAACAUGGAAUCAGCACUGCUUCAGCAGAUAUUUCCUCACCAAGUUAUUCGUUUUCAUUCCAACGUUGUCAUCUCAGCAUAGAUGUCAGAGCAGUGUGCCUGACCUGUGCUUUGGGGCAGACUUAGCUUUACACUCAUUAGAUUCUCAUAUCUGAUGCUCAAAGUUGAAGUUGAAGUCUGUGAUUACGUAGUAGCUGCUACCAGAUGUAUACAGAUCCCCAUGUGCCAAUCAUAUUCAGUGGCAGCAGUAGGCCUACCCUUGAAGGAGCUUGGACAACUUGCAAAUAAAAGCUUUUUAGUA